CUUUCACUCUCUCUCUAUUUUCUUUAUUUUUAUUUUCUAGGUUUUAUUUCUUGAUAGGUUAGGUGAUGAGUGGGUCCAUGUUUUUUUUUUUUUUUUCCUUGGGCUACAAGAGUGGGUCCAUGUUGAUUAUGGUUAUUUUUAGACCAUCUACAUCAUACAAUUAUAAUUUGAUAGGUAUAUUUUGUUUGCACAAAGGGUUUUAGUGUUAGAGGGAAUCCCAUCAUAUCAACACCUAAUUGUUUACUUUGAUUUCUGUUAUAGUAUCUUGUUCGAAAUCAUCACCCAAUCUAAUAUUAUAGUUCUAUUGGCCUCAUCAAUUCCUUGACAAAUCAUUGAUGGCCACCGGGAGCAAAGUUCUGAUCAAGAUUGAUUGACCAGUGAUUCUUUCUUGAUGGCGGAUGUAGUCGGGCCACGGUUGUACAGCUGCUAUAAUUGCCGGAAUCAUGUUGCCCUUCACGAUGACAUUGUUUCUACAGGUUUUCAGGCAAAAAAUGGGCGAGCCUUUCUGUUUUCUCAUGCCAUGAAUGUUGUGGCGGGGCCUAAAGAGGACCGGCACCUUAUGACCGGACUUCACACAGUUGCUGAUGUACACUGCUUGGAUUGUGGUGAAGUUCUGGGUUGGAAAUAUGAACGAGCUUAUGAGGAAUCUCAGAAGUACAAGGAAGGGAAAGUCGUGCUCGAAAAAUUCAAGAUUGUGAAGGAAAACUGGCUGGAGGAGGAAAAGGAAGAGGGUAUUUGUUCGGUCGUGCGAUGAACUUAGUGGAGGGGCCUAAAGAGGAUCGGCGAUUGAUAAGUGGAGUGCACAUGGUUGCGGACGUUUACUGCUCGGAUUGCAGAGAGAAGUUGGGAUGGAGGUACGAACGAUGUUACGAUGAAAGAAACAAGUUCAAGGAAGGCAAAUUUGUUUUUGAGACCUUCAAGAUUGCCAAAGUACACGAUCCCCCUUUUUAUUGUUGAUGUUUACCACUACUACGUACGUCUCUUGUGACCAUUUUAUAUGCUUUUAUCAUCAUAUGAUUUAUCAAUUUUCACUUGA